AUGGUUCUUGGAAAUGAAAUGUGCGAUCAAACGCCGCACCCGAGUCAAUGCAACACACUUCUGAUCCAACAUCCUACGCAGAAACCCAUAGGGAGCACGGAGGAGUUCCUUAGGGUGUCGAUGGAAGGAACACUAAACGGAGCCGUGAAAGCCAAGAACGACACCUACUCUCUAGGGGAACAGUUUGAUUCAAAGCAACUUGAAAAGGGAGCUUGGGAGGAUUGUAUGGAAUUGUUCGACCGGACCAUCCACAGGCUUAACCAGAGCGUGUCAUGUCCGGACUACGUGUGCUCUAGAUCGGAUGUGCAGGCAUGGCUCAGCACCGCACUGACCAACCUAGAAACGUGUCGGGAAGGGAUGUCAGAGCUAGGUGUCUCGUUUGAUUCUUUGGAUGGCAUAACCAAUGAUGUCACUAACACCUUGGCCAUUAGCAAGAAAAAGGGGAUGGAGGCAAACGGUAACGGUUUAGGUGGGGAGUUGGGGAUAUUAAAAGUAGCAGUGGAAACGCCGUCAAUAAGCAGAAGAUCACCGGAUGCAGUGGUGGCUCAAGAUGGCUCAGGUGACUACAAAACCAUACAAGAGGCGGUGGAUGGUGCGGGAGAGAGGCCCAGAGGAAGCACAAGGUACAUCAUACACGUCAAAGCAGGUGUUUACCAGGAAUACGUCAAUGUGGGAAUCAAAUCCAAUAACAUCAUGAUCUUUGGAGACGGUAUCGGCAAAACCAUCAUCACAGGCGACAAAAGCAAAGGCAGAGGAUUUUCCACUUUCAAAUCCGCCACUUUUGUGGCCGAUGGAGAUGGUUUUGUGGCGCGAGACAUGACGAUCAGGAACACGGCGGGGCCGGAGAACAAGCAGGCAGUAGCUCUAAGAUCGGAUUCGGACAGGUCAGUGUAUUACAGGUGUAGCAUCCAAGGGUAUCAAGACACGCUAUACGUCCACUCAGGGCGUCAGUUUUUCAGAGAGUGCAACAUAUACGGCACCGUCGACUUCAUAUGCGGAAACGCAGCCGCAGUCUUCCAGAACUGCAGUAUAUUGGCACGUAGCCCUCCCAACAGAGUCAACACCAUAACCGCACAGAACCGGAGGAACCCGAAUCAGACGACAGGAAUCGUGAUCCAUAACUCGUUGGUGAGAGCAGCCCCUGGGGCACAACUGGGAGGAGGAGUGAGGACGUACUUGGGCCGUCCAUGGGGCUCGUAUGCUGUGACCGUGGUGAUGGGGACGUUUCUUGGUCCUUUGAUCGAACCCAAAGGAUGGAUGGACUGGGGUAACGAGACGGCGCUUACAACUUUGUAUUAUGGGGAGUAUGGAAACUCAGGUCCCGGUUCGAGUACAGCGAACCGGGUUAAUUGGGCCGGGUUUCAUGUGAUAUCAGAUAGUGAGGAAGCCCGUCAGUUUACGAUACACAACUUCAUCGACGCUGCUUCUUGGCUCCCCUCUACCAAAGUCCCUUUCACCUCCUAUCUCUAA